AUCGUCUUUGGUUAAGCUUCAUCAACAGAGGAAUAUACCAAAUUCCUUUCCACAUAAACAGAACAAUCCAUAUCCACGGAUAGUUUUGUCUCCACGAGAUUCCGUCUCCCAAUCCGCGAUGACCUUACGAAUGUGCCGCAACGGCGCUUCUUCGCCCAAAGCAUAUAUAGUUUGACUGCAAAACAGAAAACCCAUUUCGUGAAGGCAAAGCUUGUACAUAAAAGCAGAGGGGUUUUCUCUAAUUGCACCAUCAGAGCGGGACAGAAAAGGAUCGGAGGGAAGCUGGGGCCGAUCGCAAUGGGUUCAAGAUGCUUUGCUCCUAUCAUAUUUCUGUCACUGGUGGCUGUGUGUGCUGCAAGGCCACUUUACCCUCUACCCAGCAAGCUAGCUCAGGGUGCCAAACAGCCUCUACAGACUUCUCGGCCUUAUAAUAUUGCGCAUCGAGGAUCGAAUGGAGAAAUCCCUGAAGAAACAGGACCUGCUUACAUGAGAGCCAUCGAAGAGGGAGCAGAUUUCAUAGAAGGUGACAUAUUAGCCACAAAAGAUGGUGUUCUGGUUUGCGCACAUGAUCUUAUACUUGAUGACACCACCGAUGUUAAGGAGCACAAGAAGUUUGCUGAUAGGAGGAGGACCUAUAUGGUUCAAGGGUCAAAUAUGACGGGCUAUUUCAUUGCUGAUUUCACUCUUGAAGAACUGAAGACAUUGCGGACAAAGCAGAGGCUCAAUUUCAGAGAUCCACAAUAUAAUGGAAAAUAUCCUAUUAUCACCUUUGAAGAGUACAUUUCAAUUGCACUGGAUGCUCCAAGAGUGGUAGGGAUAUAUCCUGAGAUGAAGAACCCAGUGUUCAACAAUGAGCAUGUAAAAUGGUCUGGGGGUCGAAGAUAUGAAGAUGUUUUCAUGGAGACACUCAAAAAGUAUGGUUACAAAGGUUCAUACUUGUCAAAGAUUGGCUGAAACAACCAGUGUUUAUUCAGUCUUUUGCCCCAACUUCACUUGUGUAUGUCUCAAACUUGACCGAUAUCCCAUUGCUCUUCCUCAUUGAUGACGUCACUGUUGUAACUGAGGAUACCAAUCAGACUUACUCCGAAAUCACCUCUGAUGCCUAUCUGAACUAUAUUAAGAAUUAUGUGGUGGGGAUUGGACCUUGGAAAGAUACUGUAGUCCCUGUUGCGAAUGAAUAUCUGCAAGCACCUACUGAUCUAGUCGCAAGAGCACAUGCCCGUAACCUGCAGGUGCAUCCCUACACUUACAGAAAUGAAAACAAGUACUUGCACUUCGACUUUCAUCAAGACCCUUACCAAGAAUAUGAUUACUGGAUCAACAAAAUAGGAGUCGAUGGACUGUUCACGGAUUUCACAGGAAGCCUUCACAGGUAUCAGGAAGCUUCAUCACCUCUUCCUAAUGCCAAGGCAUCUUCAGUGCUGCACAAGAUAGCUGCUUUGGUCUCUUCCUACAAAAAUGGAUGAGAAUGAAGGUCCAAAGAAGCUCGAAAAGUAGGAAACUGUUUGUUUCCAAUCGGUUUCUUUACAAGAUUUGUUCAUUCACGUUGUGUAUAUAGGGUUAUUGAAGGACCACAUUUAAGAAAAGAAAAAAAAACUAGCAGUGAUCAUUGUUGUGGCAGUCGAUCAUUUAUUUAUGCUCUUUAUGGGAGACAGAAUAUGCCUCAUUCUUGGUAACCAACCAUAAGGCAAAGCAAGCCUGUUCCUGUAAGCUUCCAGUUUUUCUUUUCUUAUUGGGACUUGGAGGGUAUAUCUCCAAGUCUCUCGACUCAAACAGUUAUCAGAACUCGUAGCAUUGGAAAGAAUGAAAAGUUCAUUGUAGCUUUACCAUCCCCUCAUAUAAAAUGCUGAAAGCUAGGAAAUGUAUUUAUGAACUCAUUUUGUUGCUUCAUUGAGAUGACUGCUGAAACAAAGGAUCGAUGAUUAGCAGGAGCAAGAGGGUUGAAGAAAAGGACUACUGGUUUCUGUUCUUUCUUUUUUCCAUUCAUAUAUGUUGAAUAGUUGUGGUGGCUACAGUUUGCGGGGGUGUUUGUUAAUUAUGGUAGAAAAUAC